CCCACCCUUGGGAAAGGGGCGGGGAGGCUGGCAGUGGGCGGGGGCGGGGGCGGGGGUGGCCUGGAUGAGGGCGGGCUCCCCGGGCCCCCAUUGGCUACAGGCACCCCCAACACCAGGGCUCCCCCAAUCCCCCCCCACAUCAGUCUGUCCUGCUUCCAGCUGCUGCAGCCGCACCUUUGCUGCCUCAGCGUCCAGCAGUCCCCUGCUCCUGCUCAGCAUGGCGACCCCAACCCAGACCCCUACAGUUGCUCCUGAGGAAUUUGACCCAUUUUUCUAUGACUAUGCCACGGUGCAGACAGUGGGCAUGACUCUGGCCACCAUCAUGUUCCUGCUGGGGAUCAUCAUCAUCGUCAGCAAGAAGGUGAAGUGCAGAAAGGCGGACUCCAGGUCUGAGAGCCCCACCUGCAAGUCCUGUAAGUCGGAGCUUCCAUCCUCAGGUGAGGCCCCUGGCGGCGGUGGCGUGUAAACCCAGCCGCAGAGAACCUCCACUGCUGUCCCCGCCAGUUGCGGGAGCCUGAGGAUCGGGUGAAGGCGGUGGGGACCCCAGCCUUGCGCCGGGGACGCUCCCCCGAACGAGCCGCUCCACCCACCCCAAGGCUGGAGCCACUGCACCCUGCUGUCCCUUCCUAGGCCUUGGCAAUGACGAUCCCCCAAAGAGCCUGUCUGCAUCCCAGACCCAGGGGCUCAGGCCUCUAGCUCCUGGGAUCUGGGAGCCCACCCCCAGCACCCCAGGAAGCCCGUGUGCUGCUCCCCCAACCCCUUUGUCUCUUUCCGGAGCAUCCGUUCCCUGGCCCCUCGGUGUCCACGUCUUGAGCUUAAUAAAUGUGCAUUUGGUUUUUUCCCCCUG